GAUACAAUAGUGUGGAUUUGUGGAUGCGCGACGCUGCGUUCCAUCUGCCAUCGGACAAUGAUGAAAAUAGUUUGUUAAUUAUUAUCGAUUUUGAUAUUUCGGCAGAUGCGUAGGUUAUUCAGCAUUCUCGGAUGAAGGUUUGUUGUUUUUUAUAGCUAAGAGAAAUUUGUCGUUUGAGUAUCGAUCGCUUCCUAAUGAUUAGCACGAGUGAAACCACGUCGCUUCUAACCUCUUCAAAUGAGUUCUAUUGACAUUUUUAUACACGUUUAUAUAAAAACGAUAGAAUAUAUAUAUUUAAAAGUUCUAUGAAUGUACUCAGUGAAUGUUAUUGAAUAAUAGAAAAGAAGUACAUUAAAUUUAAUUUUAUAUAUAUCCAGAGAGUAUUAUAUUAUAUAUGUUUAACAUAAUCUUGUUUUUAAAUACCGCAUUAACUCUAACCUCUAAUUAAAUUCUGAUUAAACGUAUCCUUAUAUUUUGAAAUGACUAUUGUCCUCUUCAUAAAAGUGUAAACGCGAUAAAUGAGUGCUCCUGAAGAAUCAUUGAAUGAUCAGGAUCCUGAUUAUGUCUCCACAAUUUCCGACGAGCAAGUUCAACAAAAAAUUUACGAAGAAAAUGCAAGAAACACUACGGCAAAAAAAAUAACUGCGAUAGUGGAGAAAGAAUUUGCACGGGAAAUUGAUUCGAAGGAGAAGGAAAUUUUGCAAAUACAAGAGAGAUUGCAUAAAGCCCUGAACAGUUUUCAUCUCUUGCGUUAUGUAAUAAUUACUAAUUUUUACAAUCGCAAGCAGUGUCAAAUUUUCCAAGCUGCGGAAACCACAAAACAAACGAGAAUUCAUCCUGCAGUCAAAUCAUUACUUGGAAAAAGUCCUAAGUCUGUUCAUUGUACUGAUCUUGCAGUGCCAUCGACAUCUACAGAUCCUCGAUUCUCGUGCAAUGAUGAAUCUCUUGAAUCAUAUGCACGAACUACGGCAGGUAGCGCAUUUAAAACCGAAGAAAAUGCAGACAAACAUGAUGCUGCAUUGCAAGGUGAGAAAAGGAAACUGCCAGACGGAGAAUCUCGACCUCGCAAAGUACCCCGUUAUAUACCACCAAAGAGCAGCAAGCCAGCGAAAACGGGCCCGUCGCGCGGCAAUAGUCAGAAAAUUCGUAAACGUAUUAUUAUCGGUAACAUAUCCAAGUGGAUCCCACCGGAUUGGCGAGAAGAUGCGUCUAGUCAUAAGUGGACGAUAUAUGUGCGCAACGACAAAGACGAAAGUGCUAACAUUAAUACUUUCAUCAGUAAGGUGAGAUUCUUCCUGCACCCUAGUUACCGUCCAAACGACGUUGUUGAGGUCACAUCGUAUCCGUUUCAUCUAUCCAGACGUGGAUGGGGCGAAUUUCCUGUUAGAGUACAGUUACACUUCAAAAAUGCUCUUGAUAAACCCAUAGACAUUAUUCACCACCUGAAAUUGGAUCGCACCUAUACAGGAUUGCAAACACUAGGCUCAGAGACUCUGGUCGACAUAUGGAUUCAUACAGCAGAAACAUGUAAUUUUGAGCAGAAUAAUAGCGAUGAAUCUGUUGAAUCUUCUUCUAAUAAUGCAUCUAUAAAAAUAGAACCUAAUGACAGUUUCGAGUUUAUUUAUAAACAAUCUACAGCAAAAUCUACGGAAACUUUACAGAUGAGCAAUUCUGAAGAAUUUCGAAUGAAGGAAGAAAUAAUUAAUUCGGAAGUACACAAACGGUCUAAUCUAUCAUUGGAUUUAACCAAGAAAUUGGGAAACAUCAAAGUGAAAGUUGAAUCUAAUGUUACAUCUGUUAAUAACAUAUUCAGCACUGAGAAUAAACUGAAUUUAGAUGAAAUGCGUUAUUACAUUAAACAUGAUCAUAAUUAUGCGGACAAACAGUAUUUUAAUUCUAAUCAUUAUACUGAAAGAGAAGGAAAUAUAACUGUAGAACACUUUCUAGACAAUGAUUGUGUUUCUGCAAUAAAUUCAUCAGAAAUUGAUGAUAAGAAAGAGAAACUUGGCAAUGUACAAAUUAUAUCACAUAAAUUUAACGAUGAUAUUCAGUCUUCCAAUAGUCAGUCUUUGAAAAUUUCAGUGACAAAUGCAGUGGAAAAUGAUUCACAAGUCAACACAAUAUUUCAAGAGAGAAAUAGUCAAAAGAAUUUAUCAUCUCUCGAUACAAAUAAACUUUUACAAGCUAGAAACUUGAAAAACAGUGAUAUAUCUAAAACUUCAGAAAAUAUCACGACUAAAAACACAUCAAUUAACGGUUUUUGCAAAUCAUUCGAUCAGUUUAACAGUUUGCAGAAAACCGCGAAUUUCUCGAAUAUUACUAAUUCGCAUUUAAAACCUCUACAAAUCUCCAUACCGUCAUCGAAUAUAUUCGCAUCGUCGACCAAUAGGCAUAUGCUUCUUUUAAAAGAUACGAAAUCAAUUCCGAUAGACAUGACAAAUAUCCUCUCAUCAAAAUCAAAUGGAAACUCGAGGAAGCUGGUCGAUGGCGACGUGAAACUUUCUAUUCCAAGAGAUGGUAAUAUUGCGCAAUUGAAUGUCCGCAUUCCUCAAACCGUGAGCAUCCUGAAGAAGCCGCCCAACGCUAAUAAUAAGAUGAACGUACGACACGAGAGCACUGUCAGCGGCAAUAAGAAGCCUACUAUACUUACGUUGAAAAACACCAACAAUCUUUUACUGAAUAUUAACGAAAAUGUGCCGAUCCUGAAGAUAGCAGACUCGCGCGAUCCACGAUAUAAUUACAGUCUCGCCGAGGCAUCGAAAGGCGUUUCUUCAACCGACAAGCAGGAAAUCAUGCCAUAUGUAAGAUCGGAAGACAAGACAGUGAUGCAGCGAGUAAAAAUCACAUUGGGCAAGGACAGAUUCAAGAUACAAAGCAAGAGAGAAUUGUACGAGGCGACUCUGCGCUCAAUCGACACUGCGAAUAUCAUCGAUACGGAAGCUUUAAUACGAUUCAUCAUACGCCGAUUGCCGAUCAUUACACGAGACGCCCGUGAUUCCGAGUACAAAUGGAUGCAUCCCUAUGCGUGUUGCAGCGAGGAAGAGUACUUCGCGCACAAUGUCGGCAAACAACGUGCCCUGGAGUGGUAUCGCGCCAAAACAAUCAGGUACUUCCUGCGAAAAAAGAUGAUCCCAUCUGAUCGACUGUGGAGCAUCAAGGAGAUUAUACUAUGGGCGAGAUUGCACGGCUACACGCCAAGUCGGAACGCUUCCGGCAUGUCGGAAGCGAUCACGACGAGCGAUACGAAAAAGCUACCUAAUACUAUAACACUUACCACAUUUCCGGUCACAUGUACAGAAUCAAUUGCGCUGCAAAAGUGGCUACAAACAUGCCAGGAAGAAUCUAGUCAGUUGAAGGAUGCUUGUAUUGAAGACGAAGAGAUCGAUGUCGAGAGUGUCGAUGAGAGCCCGUGUAAAGUUACGAUUGAUCGGAGAAAAAAUGAUAAUAAUCGAAAUAACGAUUCUUCAACCAAUUCUAAAUUGAUACCGCUUGAACUUGACGAAAGUUUAUUGCCAUUCCACAAUUUCGUGUGCGAUACCGCGCGAGAUAUCGGUAUUAAAAUCGGACCAGAAGAGAUUGUUCCUGGUAUAUUGUAUAGUGCAGCUAGUCGCGUAAUGAUGCGGGUUGUCGAAUGUUUUGUGGAGGAUCUAACUCGAACAUCGUUGGCAAAAGCUUGGGAAAGAAAUAGCGGAAAUGAAUGUCCCAAGGUUAUUAAGCUGAACGAUGUCUAUAACGCUCUUAUAAGUCGAGAGGAAUUCAACAUUUUCACGAAUGAAGGUCUGGGUUCGAUGCAACAAUCGAAUACAAAGGAAUCGUCCAGCUUGUGAAGAUAUAGACGUGAG